AAAGAAAAUUUGUAGCAGAAUACGUACAUUUGUACACCACUUGAACAGAGAUGGGACCAUUGUCCUGUGCUUAAAUUCGAGCUUUUUCUUGGACGACACGAUCCGAGUCUGCCGCUCUCUCACUCUUUCUCUCUCUCUCUGGAAACCUUUUAUCUUACCGUCUUUUUGUAGCUACUCUUCUCUACUCUUUCUGCCUUUUUUUUCUAUUUUUUUUCAUAAAAUCGACAUGGAAAUGGAGGAUCAUCAUCGCCAUCAAUAUGGCUUGCCUGAUCUUAGGCAACUACUGAACGGAAGGCCAACCCAUUUCCAAGCAAUUCCACAGGCCGAAGAGUUAUUCUCCUCCGGCCACCGGAAUCUGCCUCCACCUCAGCAACCCCACCACCCCUUUGAUAUGAUGCAAAUGGUGGGUAGACAAGUUGGUCAUGAGUUUAUGCCUCGUCGGCUUCAUCAAGAGUUCCCUUCUGAUUCUACUGCUAAUAAUGCUACUCCAACGGCUGCUGUUGCUACUGUCACUGGUGCUUCUACUCCUAGUGCCAGUUGUAGGUUUGAUGGUGAAGCUACUGCUUUUGGAGGUGAUGGAGGAACUGGAAGAUGGCCUAGACAAGAGACUUUAACACUUCUUGAGAUCAGAUCUCGUCUUGAUCCCAAGUUCAAAGAAGCAAAUCAAAAGGGUCCUUUGUGGGAUGAAGUUUCCAGGAUCAUGUCUGAGGAACAUGGGUACCAAAGGAGUGGGAAAAAAUGCAGGGAGAAAUUUGAAAACUUGUACAAGUAUUACAAAAAGACUAAGGAAGGGAAGGCUGGAAGACAAGAUGGUAAGCACUAUAGAUUCUUUCGUCAACUUGAAGCUCUAUAUGGAGAGACCAGCAAUUCAAUUUCAGGCCAAGAAACUCACCUAGUUGGGACCAAUUUUCGGUUUCAUGGUACUCCCAACAGCAAUACUCAAGCAAAUCAAGAGGUCUAUCACUCUCAAAAGCCCUGUGAUAGUCUUAGCCUCUCCAAUUCCUCCGAAUUCGACACUUCUUCCUCAGAUGACAAUGAUAUAAGCACUGCAGCAGCAAUGGAGAAUGAUUCAUCAGAGAAGCGGAAAAAGAAAAGGGGUAGUAGAAGCUGGAAGGCAAAGAUAAAAGAGUUUAUUGACUCACAAAUGAGGAAGCUAAUGGAGAGGCAAGAGGCAUGGCUAGAGAAAUUGACCAAGACUCUUGAGCAAAAGGAACAACAGAGGCUUUUAAGGGAGGAAGAAUGGAGGAAAGAAGAAGCAGCCAGGAUAGAUAGAGAGCACAAGUUUUGGGCUAAAGAGAGAGCAUGGAUUGAAGCUCGUGAUGCUGCUUUAAUGGAGGCCUUGCAGAACCUGACAGGAAAACAAUUGAAGGCUACAUCACCUGAGGAACUAAUGGCAUCUGAAAUGCAAAACCACAGUGAAAACCAGAAUGAGAAUGGAAGUGAAAUAAUAAACAACACUGUUAAGGCAGAUGGCUGGCAAGAAUCUGAGGUUUCUAGGCUAAUACAGCUGAGAACCAGCAUGGAAUCGAGGUUCGAACAAGGAGGGUUUUCAGAAGAGAUUCUGUGGGAGGAAAUAGCUGCUAAGAUGGCUUGUUUAGGCUUUGACAGGAGUGCUUUAAUGUGCAAAGACAAAUGGGAUAGCAUUGCAGCUUAUCUAAUGAAAACCAAGGAGAGUAACAAAAAACGCAAGGAGAACUCAAUAGGCUAUGGUUAUUAUCAUAACAAUGAGUCGCUCUACAAUCAAGGAAGAGCAUAUAGUGAAAUUAAUGAGCAAGGACCUGAUACACUGAUCAGACUCCAAGCAAAUGACGGCUCUUCCCCUUCUAACUCUAACGCUGGCAAUGCUGUAAAUGAUAGUUGCUUUCGAUUCUUAAUGGCUGAUGGAGACAACCUGUGGGAGAACUAUGGUCUGAAGCUCAGCAAAGGAGAAAACCAGUAAGUUCGAAAAAAAAAAAAAAACACUGCCAAAUUUCACAAUUAUUCUAAUCCCGCAUGAGAUAUAUGCAAUGGGUACUGGGAUGAGGGAGUUGCUGAUCGGUAAGAGAAUAUUUAACAAAUGUACACUCCCUCUUGAGAGGGGAUUUACAGUGUAUAAGCAAGGAGCUGACUGAUCAUGAGAAUUUAUGUAUAGCAAAUUGUGGUUUAUGUGGUUCUUAGCAAGUACACAUUUAAGAUUAAUAACAAUAAAAAUGGAUUAAUGGGUUAAUAUCUUUCUAGGGAGAGAAAAAAAAAAGGUUCAAAUGUUGCUCUAACACAGAAUUCUUCAUCUUAACAUUUCUGAAAAUCUUUCCUACUAUUCAUGGAAAUUUGAUUAUGUUAGUUCAUCAGUUACGUACUUUCUUUUCUUAUCUACUGAUCAUUUGUUGUUUAGUAUUAAUAUCUGGUGAAAAUAUUUUGUCUUUGUAUGCAAUAUGUGCAUGACUGAAAGCAUUUGCCCCCACGUGUGCAUGUACAAUUUCUCUGCAGUACUGUGCAUAGGUUAAGGAAACAGUGACU